AUGACAGCACAGUCACCACAACACAUCCCAAAGCCAACCACUCUUAGGCCAGUGAACUGUCCGCCUGGACUCGAAUACCUCUUACAAGUGGAUCAGUUAAUAGUCAAACAAAAAGUGGAAAUAUUGGAGACAUUUACCGGAUUUGAGACAAACAAUGAGUACGACAUCCAAAACAAUUUGGGCCAAAAUGUAUACCUGGCCUCCGAGGACACCGACUGCUGCACCCGUAACUGUUGCGGACCUAACCGUGCGUUCAAUAUGCGAAUCGUUGGGCCAUCCAAUCGAGAGGUCCUGCAUUUGGUGCGACCCCUCAGAUGUGACACUUGUUUCUGCUUCUGUUGUCUUCAGUACAUGCGAGUUGAGGCGCCGGUCGGACACCUCAUCGGAUACGUCGUACAGGACUGCAGUUACGAUGAGAAUCUGUGGACCCGUUUGUGUCAAGACGUCGAGUUCGAUGUCUUAGCCAAAGACACCAACACUGCCAUCGGGAGGAUCACGAAGAGGUGGUCCGCAAUUUUGAGGGAGACCUUCACCGACGCAGACAUCUAUGGCGUACUCUUCCCAUCGGAUAUGGACGUGAGGGCGAAGGCAUGUCUUCUGGCGGCCACUCUUCUCAUCGAUUAUAUGUUUUUUGAGAAAAAGGGGUCACAAGAGAGAGAGAGAGAGAGAGAGAGAGAGAGAGAGACAGGCCGGGGAUGUUGA